GAGCACACGGAAACAGCACCCUCCAGUUCCGAUUAGCCUCUUGUUUAUACCACGUUGUGGUAAGCUGGAGGCUGCCUUGGCUCACUUAACCCUUCUGCAGGCGUGAAUGUAGUAACUCCUGUCUCCCUCGGAGAAGGGAAGGAACAGCUCCCUCCACAGAGGGUUAGCAAGAGACAGAGAGAACUGAUCCUGCAAACUGCCACCAUCACCAUGAAGACAUCAAAUGCUCUCGUUCUCAUCGUAGUCCUGCUUUCCAUCAAUGCCAGCACAGAAUGGCCUACGCACACAGUCUGCAAAGAGGACAACUUGGAAAUUCAUUACAAAAGCUGUGAUCCCAAGCAAGACUUUGCUUUCAGCAUUGACCGUUGUUCUGAUGUUGCAACCCACACCUUUAACAUCAGAGCUGCCAUGGUCCUAAGACACAGCAUUAAGGAACUGUACGUCAAGGCUGAUCUGAUCAUAGGUGGGAAGACCGUCCUAAGCUACUCAGACACACUUUGCGAGCCUGGUCAUUCUAAGCUUAUUUUCUGUGGAAAGAAGAAAGGAGAACACCUCUACUAUGAGGGACCUGUCACAUUGGGGAUCAAAGAAAUCCCACAGGGAGAGUACACUAUUUCAGCAAGGCUGACUAAUGAAGAUCACGUCGCUGUUGCUUGUGCUGAUUUUACUGUGAAAAAUUAUUUAGAUUAUUAUUAGCAACUAAAAUAACAUACCCAGACCAAUUUCAUUAAAGCUACAGAUUACCAAAACUAUUCAAGCCAAUUGAAUUGCUUGCAUGCUGCAAUGAUUUUGAAGGAAAUAAUUCCCAUAUGGUGGUUCUGAUGCUGUUCCUCUUUAUAAUUCACUGCUUUCAAGAAGUCAGUAGACCCUCUAGUGGUAAUUUUAUCUCUAAAUGCACACUGUAGCCCACUUUUUUCUUUUAAUACAUACAGCUGCAAAUAGAAAGUAUUUGAUACCAACAUUCUCAUCUCAGGAUGAAAAUAGGAUGAGGCAGAACAGUCGAGAGCCAAAACAGUUUUUGCAGUAAGCUAUGGAGGUAUCCAUUUCUAACACAGGCUAAAGAAGAUUUUCAUAUGUAUUAUGUAGUUACACCCCUCAAUGCUUUCAGUCUUCCCUGAGGCCUGUCUGUAGCCUCUGGUUGUAUAGAUUUUGUUAUAACUACAGAACAAAAACACGAUGAACAUGCUUCUUCUCAGCACUCCGUGUCCAGUCAUGGUAUUGAUAUUACUUCAGGCUUCAGGACUCCACCUGAAUUUGUUUGUUUGUUAAUAUUUCGGUGAUAAGCAAAUUGUUCUACUUCUAAUCUAUGUGCUUGUCUUGCUUUUUGAUGAAUUUGUAAUAAAAGAAAAUUUUCUUCA